GGAGAGUCGGUUCCUUUUUGAAUACAGUGAAUCAUCUCCAUGGGCGGAAAGAAACGUUAGCUCGUGACACUGGCGUUGUUUUGAUUUAUCCUACAAUAAAAUAAACAUAAAAACACCAUCAUGUCGGAAGAAAUUGAAGACCCCAAGACUGUCGAGACGACCGAGGAGCAAAAAGAAGCAGGGAGUGAAGUGAUUUGUCCAGAGAGAGCAGAAGAAGCCAAGCUGAAGGCCAGAUAUCCGAACCUGCCAGCCAAAGCAGGAGGAUCAGACCUGCUCAGGAAACGACUGCAGAAAGGGCCAAAGUACUUCGACUCAGGCGACUACAACAUGGCCAAGGCGAAGAUCAAGAAUAAGCAGCUACCGUCGGCACAGACGGAGAAGGCGGAAAUCACCGGCGAUCACAUUCCCACGCCUCAGGAUCUGCCGCAGAGGAAAACCUCGUUGGUGGCCAGCAAGCUGGCAGGCUGAUCCCCGCCCCGUCCUCCAACAGCUCUCUCUCUCUUCUCCCUCAUUAACACACCAUCCCUUCCUUUUCUCUGCUCAUCUUUUGCGCUCCCUUUUUACCUCCAAUGUAUAAUAUACACUGAAACCAGAGGCGUGCGGGUGUGCCAGCGUCGGAACACGGCUAGUGAGGGACGUAUAAAAAAAAUUUAAAAAGAAAAAAAAAAAUUAUAAUAAAUAAUAAGGUCUGUAUGAAGAUUUCUAUCUGUGCCGUAGGAGUAGUAGACGGAACGUGUACAUAUUUGCUUGUGAGAAAAAACGAAGCGACAGGAUUUUACAAAGGUUUUAUGUUCUAAUCGCACCAUUCCUGAAGAUCACACACUUUAGCGCAGUAGCGUGCUUGAACGAUUGAUUCGCCAUCGAAUACGACCUCUGAUAACGAUCAUGUACUUGAGCUGUUUCCCCUGUUAACGUUUGAGCUUCACACACACCAGAUCGGACCACACCGCCCGAAGCCGGUCACGUCUAGAUGCACGUGGCUGCCGUUGGCCUCGUCGCCUCCGAUCCGAAACAAAGGCCUUAAUCACGUCACGGUUGUAAAGCAGCAACCGUGAGCCUGAAGGCUAAUGGCCAACGCGAUCAAACCUCAAGCCCAAGCUUCUCACCGAGGGUCUCCUCGCCGAGUAUUUAGAAACAAAACACUACAACAUCCGGCCGUGCGUGUGUGUAUGUGUGUGAGAGAGAGUGUGUGUGUGUGUGUCCGCCGCAGUCACUUAUGUGCCAUUUGAUUUGUAAAUAAAAUAGUUUUGCAAACUUG